AGAGAGGGAGUUUACAGCUUGUCCGAAGUGCGCUAUCAGCUGCUGAAAGCUGGACACACGAGCGGUGCGAGGACACUGAUAGAGGGGAGAGAUAGGGUGGGGGGACGGAGUCCCUCGUGGUUGUCGGCGGUGACAGUGGCACAGAUGGGCGCGACUCUCCUCAGCUGAGCCGGACACCGACCCAGCAGCAGCGGUCACCCGAUGCUGCCUGAAUCCAGCUGACCACCGCCAGAUAACACACAUCCUACGAAUGACACUUGGCUAUAACUGGCACCAUGCUCCCCCGUAACCUGCGAACAGGUGGUUAUGACCUGCCGGGGGUGGAGUCAAGCGACGUGCCUCUCAUUGGCUACCGACCCUUACUGUCUGACAGCGGCACCCCGAGCAACCAAUCAAGGAGAGGGAGCGGCAGCGAUGAGUUGGAAACUUCACAGGCAGAUCCCUCACCAAUGAAGACCACCUGGUACUGUCCUCUGGAUCUGUCCACUGUGGUUGAGGAAGAGGAAGAUGGAGUGAUAUACACAGUGGUGGUGAAACAGCAGCAUGGCACCCCCAACAGUGUGAUGUCAGCGGUGUCUCGCUCCCAGUGUGUGAAAGCAGGGACAGAAGAGAAGCUGGUGCUCCACCUCCUUCACUCCUUUGCUAUGGGAGACUCCUCCUUCAUCACAAUCUUCCUCUCCACUUAUCGAUCCUUUUCCUGCACAGGCAGAGUGCUGGACAUCCUCACUGACAGAUUGGAGAACCCACCUGGGGAAACUGAGAGGAGUCACAUAAGACAAUCCUUCAACAGAGCGGUGUGUACGGUGUUCAGCACGUGGCUCUCUGAGUAUCCUGAAGACUUUAAGAGUUUGGGGGAGCCGUCUCGCCUGCUGCGCCUCGCUCCCCUUUUCCCCCAGGACUCCUCGUCUGCAGCCGACCUCCGUGCUCGCCUCCUCAGGAUCGCGGAGGAGCUCAGCGAGAAAGCCCUGCUCCCUGACUCCCAUAGAGAUCAGAGCGGUUUCACCAGCCCUCUUCCUGACACCUCCAAGUUUGAACCCACAUGCAUCCUUGGAUUUCCUGCAGCGCUGAUCGCUGAGCAGCUCACCAAAAUAGAGACUGAGCUGUUUGUCCGUCUUGUCCCGUACCACUGCCUCGGCUCACUGUGGUCUCAGAGGGACAAGAAGGGCAGGGAAGGCGUUUGUUGGUCUGUCCGGGCCACCAUACGACAGUUCAACAAGCUGGCCAAUGCGGUUUUAGCAUCCUGCCUUUGGCCCACAAAUCUGCGCAGCCAACAGAGAGCCCGGCUGCUGGAGAAAUGGAUCAGCGUGGCAGAGGAGUGCCGAGCCAGGAAGAACUUCUCCUCGCUGUAUGCCAUCGUGUCCGCCCUGCAGAGUAAUCCCAUCCACCGGCUGAGGAAGACGUGGCAGGAAACUGACAGGGAGGCAGUGAGGAGGUACGAGGAGCUGUCAGAAAUCUUCUCAGAAAAGGACAACUACUCACAAAGCAGAGAACUCCUCAAGGAGGAGGGCACAUCCAAGUUCGCCAACAUUGACAACAGGAUCAACAACAAACAUUUAAAUCGGUCUAAUGCCCAGGGCACAGUGCCCUACCUGGGCAUCUUCCUCACUGACCUCACCAUGCUGGACACUGCGGUCAAAGACAGGCUGGAUAACGGCUACAUCAACUUUGACAAAAGGAGAAGGGAGUUUGAGGUUUUGGCUCAAAUCCGUCUCCUGCAGUCUUCCUGCAAAUACUGUGUGUUCACCAGUGACGAGGCCUUCACUCAGUGGUAUCAGAGCGUCCCUACACUAACAGAGGAGCAGAGUUACAGGCUGUCCAGUGAAAUUGAAGCCCCUGGCGAGCCCAGCCCCCGUGGCCUUACUCCCACAGUCAUCAUCACACAGUGCCGAGACCUGAGUAACUCUCGGAGCAGCCUGACGGGGGACAGUGACAGCCUGUUUGACUUUCCCUCCCCUGUCAAUCAUCUGCUCUCAAAACUCACAAAGCAUAUGAGAUCUCCGUCUGUGUCCUGUCUGGAUGUUGACACGUCGUCUUCAACCAUUGAAUCCACCCCUGCCACGUUGACCCCAACCACUCCCACAAAAUCACACCGCCGAUCAGUCUCCUGCGGCAACAACCCCACGUACAACAUCCAAGGGUCGGGGCCUGACAUGCAAAUCAUCAGGAUACGGAUGGACCUGCACGAUGGAAACUUAUACCGAAGCAUACUGGUCACCAGCAAUGACAAGACACCCACCGUCAUCAGCUCUGCCUUAGAGAAGCACAAUCAGGACCCCAAACAGACGUCCAGAUAUGAGCUGAUCCAACUUCUGCCUGAAGGAAAAGAGCUGGUCAUCCCUGCUACAGGAAAUGUCUUCUAUGCCAUGACAUCAUCUAGUGUUGACUUCCUUUUGAGGAGGAAAGGCGGGAACACUCCUCUGGGUUCAUCGCCGCUCAGCACCGAGUCGAGCGCCACGUUUCCUCGAAUCAAAGCCAAGGGGAGGAGACUGGUCCGGACACUAUUUUGACAUCAGACUUUCCUCAACCCGACCUUGUCCACAGUGACGGGGUUUUCUCCUCACAAACAGUAAAUGUGGCCUUUCACACAUGCCUUUCCCUCAUGCUCCUCCAUAGCUUUUUCUACCAAGACCAGGACCACGUCUGAAUCUGCUGCUGAAGAACUGUCCGUUUCCUCUUCUCCACACAGUAUGCAUAACUUUACACCAAGAGAAAGAGCAAUGGAAGCCUUUAUCUGAGUGCUUUUGGUGCUGGCUCUAGAGUCCCAGUCAGGGACACUUGAUGCAUAUUUUUCAUUCCAUCUCAAUGAAUAAGAUCUGUUUUAAUUGCUUAUAUCCGCAAUCCGGAAAUCCCCUUGUUGUUGCGUGCCUCAGUUGUGAGCGAAGCUUCGAAAUGUAAAAAGAGGAUUUAAUGGGUCAGAACGUCUGUGAACACCUGAGAUGCCGAUGAAGGAUUAAGGAGAGAGUGUUUAUUUGGGAAGAAGCAUGAGGAAAUCUAAAUAUACAGAGCCUGUCAGACGAGUUCUUGGUGAAGAGCACACAUGAGGAGAGCCCAAAGACAUAGUGAGAGUGCACCAUUGUAGAAAAAACACUGGAGCUUGACAAAUGUUUUGUACAUAUUUAUAUAUUUUGUACGUCUGAAAGAUGUCAACAUCGUGUUUACACUGGCGAGGAGCUUCAGGUCCAUGUGUCCGAAUUGUCUAAAAGAAAAAAUGCAUCAAAUACCUGCAAGAUUUUACAUUUUUAGUCAUACAGAUGUUUAUUUAAACAUAAACUUGAAGCUGCAUGAGUCAAUCAAAAAUAAUUUAUUUUUUAUUUGAUAGGAGCUGCUUGUUUUGACUAUCCUAAAUAUAAUGAUUGACUACAGCUAUGCAACACGUUUUGUCCUGUUUAAGCAACAUUUGGAGGGUUUGCAGAACACAGAAAGUUCCUUCAUGGUGAUUCUCACAGCUGUUAUCAACCCUGUUUCAGCAGCAGCUGUUGGGCGAAGCCCCUGAAUGCCACCUGUCCACAGCAGACACACACAGUUAGAGAUUUGCUGGUGAAACAAUGUCAGCUAAAGAGAAAGAUAUCUUUUCUCAAGAGUUGUUUUAGACAAAACUACCCCUUAUAGGAGAGCACUUGUGUUAUCAGUCUGACGGUAAUACAACUCCAGAUAAACACUUCCUCUUCAGCUUGUUGCAUAAUUAGCCAGCUGUUUGGCAACUUUAUAAGCUGUCAUAGCUUGUUUAAGAAAAUAUUCUGACCUCUAGUGGCCAAAACAUUAAUUAUUGCAGCUUUAAAAAACAACCUCGCAGCACUUUUAAAGCUUGUGGCUGUGCUUCAGUUCCUCACUGCUGUACCAAAACCAUGAAGAAGGCACUAAGGAAAAUCUGAUCUCCCUUCAUAGGUUUUACAGGUCUUACAUUAUCAAGAGAGCAUAAUGUAAUUCAUGCACAUUCGUACCCAGCUCUGCUGCUUCACUACUGUUUACAUACAGUACAAAGCCUCAUGUUAUAAAUGAACCUGUUACCUUCCGUGUAGGUUUGAAACACGUGUGACGUCUGGCUGUAUCUGCUCAGUGCUUGUGAGGCCUCCUUACAGGCUGAGGCUUGAGCAUAGCGGACCAGGGAGAGGAUUCUGGGUAAUAAUGGAUGACGUGUGCGAGCAUGAUACUAUGCUACUGAUUGUUUUAGUGCCUUUCUCCACAGGAUGUUCAUCUUUCCCGUGUUUAGAAUGUACGUGAAGGAAUCGCAGUCACCUCAGUGCUGUGCAGUUUCACAUCAAAGCUAUUUAUGCACUACAUGCAGGAUGUCUUAUUUUUGUGGUAAUAAAUUUACUUUUCUAUGAAUUUCAA